UGCCUCUUCAUCUGACAGUCGACUCUGUCAAUCAAUCUUCGAUUUCGUGAGGGUGCCAACGCGAAGGAUCAGUCGGCCUGGCUGGUGUCAUCAUCCUUCUUCCUCUAACUGUUUAUUACUUGGCUGCCAAGGAGCUUCGACCCACUACCUGCAUAAGCAUACGCGGAUAGUAGAGAUCUGACGAACGUUGUACGGGAAUAGGCACAUCUUGGUCUUGGUCUUGACUCUUCGACAAGAGCUGGCCAUCGUUUCAACUCGAUUCUUCUUCUCAACCUUUCUUCGGACUUUCCUACAUUGACUGGAUCGUGUGAAUGCACCUUGGGAUUUCUGGAACCGUGGAUGUCAAACGCGGCUUCCCCAUCUUUGUAACAAAACAGCAAGCAGCAAGCAGGAUCUUGGUAACACGGAGAUCGACAUGGCUGAUGUCGCAACCCCUCAGCCCGGACUCGUGUCUGCGCUGCCUACAAUGCUCAUGAGUUAUUUCACUGGCCAACCCACCGACAAGACUGCUUCGUUGAACGACAGCCUAGAUGUCAACACAAAGCGCCACUCACAAAACAAUUACACUAUCGAAUUAAUACCAACAACACCAGCAAUGCAGGAGGAUACCCCGCGAAGUCAAAGGAGCAACCCUAACAGAAACUCCCUACCACUGAUGCUUCACGACGAGGAUGACUAUGCCUCCCGUGAGGGUUCACUAAUGAGUUCGAAUGGCGGAAGGAACAAGAAACGAUCAUGCCGUCCAAAGACUUCGUACAGCAUCGCCCAUGCACCCCCAAAGGGCAGUGCGCGACACAAGAUCCACGUCCGCGCCAAACCUUUACUACAGCUACACCAAUUGUCCCAGUCUGCGAGACCCAUGCCCGCCUACGAGCUACUGCCAUCGGCCAUCUUCUCACCCUCAUUGUCGCGAGCCAUCGCAAAGACCUUUCGUACGCGACAUGGUCUCUGCCCCGCAGACCUGGCUAUUGUCAAAGCUGAGAAAUACCAUCAACACGAAGAUUCAACCAAGGAGGAGGAUGAGUCUCGCGACGUCUUGGCUCUGGUAUGCAAAGGUCGCAAAGGAGACGGAAACGCAGUCUCAAAGGCCAAGCUCUACCUCGAGGAUGGGUCCGAGUGGGAAGCAUACCCUUUGCCCAAUGGUAGCUACGAAUUCUUUAGUACCGACCACCAUGGCUUGGGAAUGACGGCGCGCUGGGUCUUACGCCGUCCUAAAGCCAGAAGAAGUCAAUCCGCUUCGGACAUGGCUGCAUCAUGGAGUGCCGACGGCUCUGCACAAAAGCGCUUUCAGUUUUCCACCAUAAGCCCAAACUCUCGUCGCCAUCCCGUUAUUGCUUCACUAACAACAACCUCUCUCGAGAUCAACGAUACUUACACCAUUCCGUCACCAUUAGCUCCUUCGCCCGAGGUCUCGGACCAUGAGCACGAAGAUGCUGGCCAGGACUCGACCAAUGCCAGCGCCGAACCUAAGGUGACGACUUCGUCCUUGAAGGCUCUGAUCACUGCGACUGCCAUAUGGGUCACCCUCCGUGAGGGCUGGUGUUCCGGUUAUCGUUACGACGAUCUCAUGCUCCGAUCUCCUUCGCUCAAGCUCAACACACCUCCCAUCAAGUCGCCUACAGAAUCGUCUCUUGCUGCCACUGCCAAGGAAGACACUCCUAGAAGAAGUGGCAGCAUUGCCCGUAUGUUCCGCUCUGCUGGUGCCAAACGACGAUCAACCUCUUCCGCUCAACUUGAUGGCUCCACUUCAACCGAGGAGGUCCCCAUCGCUAGGAGUGCUAGUGCUCGCAGAGCUCGUGCAGAUUCUACUAGCACCGUCUUGGUUCAUUCUAAGCGUCCCCGAGGACGUCGUGCUGAUACUACCAGUACUACUGCAUCGGGCCUUGCACACAUGGAUCUUGCACGCAACGAUAUGACUGAAGAGGAAGACAGCGUUGAGACAACUGCUGCCAUGCUGGCAAAGUCGUCCAAGCGCGCGUCGGCGCCUACGCCUUUGAUUCCGGCUCUCGACGUCCAAGAGAGCGACGAAGAGAACCACACCCUACGCUCAGACUCUGCUCACAUUUUGGAAACUGAGAAGAAACUCGCUGCCGCUGCAGUUGAGCGUCAGAAGCGUGAAAGCUCCACUACUUCGACCAAUAGCAUGUAUGCCGGUAAAGUCGAAGCAGACAUGUCACCCAAAGCCAAGAAGAGCAGGUUCAGAAAGCUUUUCUGCGGUAUGGCAGGGUAGCGAAAGAGGAGGAACCUAUUUGUUUACAUUUGCGCGUUUUUUUCACUCGAUGGCUGGACCUCGACCGAGAACCCCAACCAUUAUACCCCCCUUUUCCUGAGUUGAUAUAUCCUUUACUGCGCAGAGCGCAUGUAGUUCUGAUAUUGUUUACUAGCGUUUAACCCAGAUACACGCCACAAAUCUAUGAAAUCAUUCUUUUGUCAACACGAGUGUA